CUCAAUCAGGUUUCUCUGUUUUAUCCAUUAGAGCUGCUGUUCCUAUUGCUUGCUAGCUCGCUGACUCGUUGUCGUCGUCGUCGUCGCAGGCAGCUAACCAGGCAGACAGGUUGAUUUGCCGCUGCUGGUGGCUGAGACGCCGGCCGACUCAAGACGACAUGAGCCGAGUGCGGCGCUCAACGACGAACGGGCGGUGGUAGAGAAGAAAUGAGAAAAUUAGAGGGUGAGACCAUCACACCACCGGCAUCAACAGCAGCGCGACCAUUCCACAUCACAUCACGACGACCACGACCACCGCAAACUGCCGCAGUCAGUCCACCGCUGCUGGGCACUCGGCAGCAGCCCCAAAAGUCGUCGUCGCCAGCGCCGCCGGCUUCAUUUGCAUACAAGGCCCGAACGGAGUGCACGUCAGCGCCUUCAUUCAAAGACCGAAGCGGACGGCAGAGCCCAUCCGGCCUGCAUCUAAUUCCACGCCAGUCGUACGCGGUUCUCUGAGUCAGCGAGCAGACAAACGAACUGUAAACCAAUCAGCCGGUUCGGGCUCUUCCUAUUCGCUUCGUCUAGCUGUUCGUGAACUUGUUUUUGUUGUUGUCGACGUUCUCGGUUGCGCGCUGACGCGUGUUUCUGUUUCUGUUGCUGUUGCUGCUGUUAUUGUUGUUGUUCUUGUGGUGGCAUUACCGGUAACGUCGAUAGCGGUGCCUGCGGCAGUUACUGCUCGUUGUAGCUAAAAUUUUCAAACCUUCAUCUUCGAUAUUGUUGCUAUUGUUGUUGUUGUUGUUACUACUGCUGCCGUUAUUGUUGUUGUCGACAACGGCGGCGUUGGCUUUUGCAACAAGGCAGACCCGCCACUGUCAAGAAGCAACUAAUGUCCAGUGGCGAACGAACGGACGAACGAACGAAUUUCGCCCAAGAGUUCCUCUUUUUCUCUACCAGCUUUGCUUCAGUGCCGGCGAGUGUUGCCGGACUUAUACGACUCACGGCUGCGUGAGGUGUGACAGGAACGGGAGGUUUCACGUUCUUUUUUUCUUUGUUUUUCCCUAUCUUUACUUUUCGUCCGUACUACUUUCUGGUUCUCGUUGGCGAUUGUGGCGGUGUGCUUCGGCCGGCGGAGAAAGGUAGUGAUCUCCGUUAGACACCGGAACCUACAUUGGAACGCACGAAGUUGAGUGAUUUAAGCUGAAUCAAACUACGACGAAGAGUGGAGGUGGUGGAGUGACACCUGUUUAACGCGCCCGCUUCAGAACAUCAUAUAGAAUAGACUGAAGGCAAACAUUUGGCUGCAUACUAUAGUGUGGUGUUCUGUUAGUACUAGAAGUAAUCGUUGAAGAUGUCAAUCACACAAUCAGUUACACAGGAAGAGCUACACAAGCAGCAAAGGGUCAAAGGGGCGAAAUUUGCCACCGCUGAUGAUUAUCGAAUAAAGCUCGUCUGGCGAAAUGUCAUUCUCAUGGGCUACCUUCACAUUAUUUCCAUCUACGGCCUAUACCUGAUUGCGACGCAGGCCAUGUGGAAAACUGUUGGAUGGGCAUAUAUUAUGUACUUCGCCUCAUGUCUGGGAAUCACUGCCGGCGCCCAUCGUCUCUGGGCUCAUAGGACGUACAAGGCUAAACUUCCUCUCAAAAUUUUCUUAGCUUUCUGUCAAAGUAUGGCGUUCCAGAAUCACAUAAUGGAAUGGGCCCGUGAUCAUCGAGUUCACCACAAAUAUUCGGAGACGAACGCUGAUCCCCAUAAUGCCAAGCGAGGGUUUUUCUUUUCUCAUGUUGGGUGGCUCCUUUGCCGAAAACAUCCGGACGUCAUUGAGAAGGGACGAAAAAUAGAUCUGAGCGAUCUUCAGGCUGACCCCGUCGUCGCCUUCCAGAAACGUCACUAUUUGAAGACCGUGCUCAUUUGUUGCUUCAUCUUUCCGGCCGUCAUCCCGAUGUUCCUCUGGGGCGAAACUUUUCUUAAUGCUUUCGUCAUCUGCUCACUUACAAGGUACUGCAUUUCACUGAACGUGACCUGGCUUGUAAACUCAGCGGCCCAUAUGUGGGGUCACAAACCUUACGAUACCAACAUCAACCCGGUCGAGAAUUGGGGAGUGUCCGUAGGCGCUAUUGGAGAAGGCUGGCACAAUUAUCACCAUACUUUUCCCCAUGACUACAAGGCCGCGGAACUUCCGUACACGCUAAACCCAACGACUUUAAUUAUCGAUUUCUUUGCCCUAAUCGGUUGGGCUUAUGAUAGACGUAGCGUUUCCGCAGAAACAAUUAAGGCACGCAAGAUGCGCACAGGUUGGGAAAGUUUGAAUCCGGAGCAGUACGUUGAGACGGAACAUCCCUAUUGAAAUAAGCGCUGAGCUUGCGUUAACGAAAAUCUUCUCAUGAACUUAGCAAUGUCAAUUUGAUUAGCACGCAUUUGGCCGUUUGGCUGGGGGUCAGUCUAGUGGUGUGUGUCUAAGAAUUGAUAUGAUCAGAAUUGGAAGUCAAUGGCAAAAUUCAAGCAUUUUCUCCAAUUCCAAGAUGUACGGGCAAGCGACGAAUCCUCUAACACACGUUUAUACUACCCAAAGUGAGGAAAAUAUUUUUGACCGUGUCCAAAACAUAUCUCAAUCCCCAGUACAGAGAAUAUAUCGAUAGUUAUUCUGGUAUUAGCUCUACAUAUAGAUAUAAAAAUGUUGCUAUGUAAAUCUUGAAGAUCUAGGGGUAUCGUUGUCAAAUGCCUCGUGGAGGUCCUUCAAUAAUUUUUGGCUGUGCCUUACGUGAUAAGUACCAAGGCUGAUUUGCAAUGAACGCUGUAGCGUACGAGCUUUUCUCUCUGACAGACUAACAGGAUAUUCAUAAUGCCGAUGGAAUGUAUAAUAAUUUCAAGUUAGUUUCGAGCCUUUCCCGAAUCAGAUAUACGAAAUCCUGACGACUAAAACAGUUUCCGUCGUUUAAAUGAUGCCUGCUUCAAUAAGUUGACUGGUUCCAACGGCACUGUUGUUAGUUAAGUCUCCAUAAACAAGGUGUAAGCGCUGAGAAAUUACGUUUUGUAAACUAAGCAGGAAUUAUUCUCAUCGAUAGGGCUAGUGGUAAGAGUCCUUGAAAACGCAAUCAAUAUAGCUUAUCUCAAAGAUGCUGCUUUAAGGAGCUACACAUUUAUAAGUGCGAUCGAACUAGGCGGAUGGAUGAUAGUCAGCUGGCAGGAAACAUUACACGUUAAUUGUUUUUGUCAAUGAGGCCUUCAAAUGUUACUUAGAUGUAAGUAGCUUAAGUAAAUAUGUGCGAUAUCCCGCUGUGACAGCCGCAUAGCGAUUCGAUGUGACAGGGGUAUCGUUACGUAAUUUGGUCUGCCUUUGUAAUGAAAUAAGUUAUUGACGAUUAAUCAUAUACACAUACACAGACGCCCGCAUUAAUAACAUCAGUACGCAUGCCCCAUGAUACUCAGCACACCCCGGCCAUAUCGCGUACUCAUGCAGGACAUGCUUUUCAGUGUAGCACGUCUUUACGGAGACCACUAUGAACAUCGCAUCAGAACACAGCCGAUAUAUGUAGCUCUAUAAGACGAAUCAAAACGCUGGCUAUUUGGAAGGUCAAUAUGUUUCUCGUGAUUGGCAACGUGGUUUUUUUCUCGGUAGAAUCGGCUAAAGCUCAAACUGAGAUUUUGAAGGCAAUGUCACCAUCGUAAACCAUAAGAGCCUGACCGCAGGCCCGCAAAACAUUUGAAAGAGACACUGCAUAUUAAGACAGAAUGGAACGUUUCUUUUAUCUACCUCUCGCUAUUAAUCAUAAAAAUAAAAUGAAAUUUAAAAAAAUAUAUAUAUACAUAGAGGAUCUAUCAGUUGUGCACAUUGUAUUAUAUUGCAGGAAUCAUAUUUUAUAUCUUUUAAUAUCAUGAUAAUAGUAUUUAACGACAAUGGAAUGGAAUGUAAUGAUGAUGGAACAAUCUAACGCUGUGCUCGGAAGGUUUGAGAGGGAAGAAACCAGUAAAUAAAUUAUAAAUACUAUUUUUAAAAAUU